AUGGAACCCUCUCUACCAUUCCCAUCAGCCUGUCUAUCCCACUGGCACCGCGGAACACGAUCAUUCCCCCACCUCAACGCCAACUAUAAUGCCAAAGUCCCUACAACAACCAAACACGCCAUCAUCGGCUCCGGCAUCUCAGGCGCCCUAACAGCCUUCAGCCUAAUCGAAAACGGAACCAACCCCACGGACAUUCUAAUCCUAGAAGCCCGCGAAGCCGUCUCCGGCGCCAGCGGACGCAACGCUGGCCACAUACGACCAGACGCCUUCCGCGGCUUCCCCCACUACGCCUCCCUCCACGGCCCAGAACAAGCAAUCAAGAUCCUACAAAACGAAAAGCGCGUCCUCGAGCAAACCCGCGCCUUCAUCACAACUCACGACAUCAACUCCGACUUCGUCGACACCACCACGUUCGACGUAUGCAUGACACCGGAAUCAAUCGCAGAACAAGAGUCCGCACUGGCAGCAUACAAAGACGCCGGCGGCGACGUCUCGCAGGUUCGGAUCUGGGAAGGCGAAGAAGCGCGAUUUCGAACGCGGGUCCGCUCUGCAUUGCGCGCUUACGAAUGGCCCGCUGCUUCGAAUAAUCCCGCGAAACUGGUACAGUGGAUUCUGUCUGAUGUUGUCGGCAAGGGCGCGGGGCUUUGGACUCAUUGUCCUGUGGAUGAGGUUGUGAGAGUGAGAGGGAGGGGAGGAGGGGGAUGGGAGGUUCAUACGUCGCGUGGGACGGUUGUUGCGGAGACGGUGGUGCAUUGCACGAAUGCGUAUGCGGGAUUACUGGUGCCGGGGCUUGGGGGGAUGUUGAGACCGCGUCGAUCGCAGGCGCAGACGUUUGUUCCUGGGGGGUUUGUUGGGGGUGAGGCGUUGGGGAAGACUAUGGCGUUAAGGUAUGGAGGGGGGCAUUUCUUUUCUGUUAAUCCGCUGAAGGAUGGGAUGGUUGUUAUUGGGGGGACGGGGACGAGGGAUGGGGGCGAUGUGGGGACGGAGGAGUGGAAGGCGGAGGCUUCUUUUGAUGAUCGUGGGUUUAAUACUGUGUUGGCGGAGAAUAGUCGGCGGGAGUUUGAAGGGAUUUGGGAGGUGGAGAGGCAUGGGGAGGGGUUUGACUAUGCUUGGACGGGGAUUCUGGGGAUUACUAGGGACAGUGUGCCGGUUGUGGGGGCUGUUGAUGGGCUUGAGGGGCAGUGGGUUUGUGCUGGGUUCAAUGGGCAUGGGAUGGCGAUUGCGUUUACUUGUGCAUUGGGGUUGGCGAAGUUGGUGAGUGGAGAGAGAUGGGAGGAGACAGGGUUGCCAGAGUGUUUCAAGGCGAGGGUGAAUAGUGAGUAA